AUGGCCGAGACCAGCGAGGAGGUGGCGGUGCUGGUGCAGCGGGUGGUGAAGGACAUCACCAACGCCUUCCGGAGGAAUCCGCACAUAGACGAAAUUGGACUGAUCCCAUGUCCUGAAGCUAGGUAUAACCGGAGUCCGAUAGUCCUGGUUGAAAACAAACUUGGUGUGGAGAGCUGGUGUGUCAAGUUCCUCUUGCCGUAUGUCCACAACAAACUCCUCCUGUACCGAGCGAGAAAGCAGUGGCUGAACAAAGACGAAUUGAUAGAUGUCACAUGCACCCUGCUGCUUCUAAACCCAGACUUUACCACUGCAUGGAACGUGAGGAAAGAGCUAAUUCUCUCUGGCACUUUAAACCCAAUUAAGGACUUACAUCUGGGAAAACUGGCCUUAACGAAGUUUCCAAAGAGUCCAGAAACAUGGAUCCACAGGCGAUGGGUGCUGCAACAGCUAAUUCAGGAAACCUCCUUGCCUUCCUUCGUGGCCAAAGGAAACUUGGGAACCAUCCCUGCAGAAAGAACGCAGCGGCUGAGACAAGAAGAGAUGGAGGUCUGUGGGGAAGCUGCUGGAAGGUACCCAAGCAACUAUAAUGCCUGGUCCCAUCGGAUCUGGGUUCUACAGCACGUGGCCAAGCUAGACGUCAAGACGCUUCUUGAUGAACUGUCUUCUACUAAGCAUUGGGCGUCCUUGCACGUGUCCGACCACAGUGGAUUUCACUACCGCCAGUUUUUAAUAAAGUCUUUGAUUAGCCAAACUGUACCAGAUGGUUCUGUGUUGGACCAGAAUCCUUCGAGAAGCGAGCCAGACCUAGUCCUUCAAAAAGAUGAAGCUGCAAUUUCAACAGAGGAACCGAGGAUGAAUCUUUCUCAUCUUCUAGAAGAGGAAGUUGAAUUCACCACCGAUCUCAUCGAUACCUACCCAGGACAUGAGACCCUGUGGUGUCAUAGGAGGCACAUCUUCUAUCUUCAGCAUCGUUUAAACGGGAGGCUUCCUCACCGCGGGACCCAGUUGUCCUCAGCAGACAGCCCUGGGGGCACUCUGAGCGACUUGCCCCUCACCCCCGCUGGCCCCCACACAUCUCAGGCAAUGGAGGUGGACGGACUGAAGGACUCUACCAAGCAAGGCUAUUCCCAGGAAACCAAACGCCUGAAGCGGACCCCAGCUCCAGACUUCUUGGGCCUGGAAAUGGAGCACCGGUUCAUUGAUCAAGUGCUGUCCACUUGCCGGAAUGUCGAGCAAGCCAGGUUUGCCAAUGCCUACAGGAAGUGGCUGGUGACUCUGAGUCAGUGAAGGAGCUGGAUGAGCCCUGCAAGGGUCCCCUUUUAGUGCAAUAUUCCUUUCCUUUCUUAUUGACAUAGUUGCAUGGACUGUUUUAUUGGCUAACCAUCUUUAGGUUAGAAAUCCUUAGAAACUCAUUUUAUUUAUUUUGUUAAGAACUGGCAUUCCCUUGGGGGUAAAACAAUGGGUAUAAUUCCCUCCUGCUGAACAGUGAGUCUUAAAUGUCUCCUCUUAACAUGUCUUGCCCUCGGUGCUUCUUCACAGGGGGCUUUUUACUUGAUUCUCCUUUUCGGUUUACACACUCCCGCCACAGUGCAACUGCUGCGUCUAAGCUGGUGUGUGCUUGUUUGAUUUUUUAAUUAAAAGUUUAUCUUUCAAUUUGGCUUAAGGUAAACACAAAUGCAAAAAUGACCUGAUAUAAUUGUUGCUUUGAGAAGCAAACGACUAUGUGGGACCGGCGUGUAAAAAUGCAGACCCAUUUCUCUAGCGUGUUCUAGUUACCAGAGUCAGGAGUAUUGGGAUUUGUGUGACAGCAUGCUUCCAUUCUAAUCUGCUUUUAAAAUGAUCAUUUAGGUAAAGGAAACAAAGCAAGUAAUUUUAAGAGUUUAUGUAAUUACAGUACUUGAAACUUAUUUUUAUUACUAGUUUGAUAGGUUAUUUUUACCUCAAAUUUGGUAUAUGCCAAAAAUACUCAAGCCGUCCCUUAUAAAAUACUUUUUUCUUAAAAAUGUGGAAUGCCAUUUUAGUUAUGACCGCUUUUACAUUUGUCCUUCCAAUUCCCCGAGGAAACAUGCAUCUUCCAUAGACCUGUAUCCACCACAGCUUCUGCUUUGGGUGGAUUUACGUUACUGAGGGCACACUGGAGGAACAGCAAAACGCGUGUGAAGGGACUGUUGAACGUUUACUGGCAAAAGCCAGUGGGGAAAGAGUGGGUUUGAAGAUUAAUUCCUUAAUCUUUAUUUUAAAAAUGAAAACAAAAACUUUGAUACUGAACUUAUCAGGGAUGAGGUUCCAAAGUGUCUCCUUAAAACUGUUAUCUUAUCUUUUCAGUAACAAGGGCUGGGUUUCAGCUUGGUGACUUCGGGGUGGGAAAGGGCAGCGUACCGCCUGCUGUCCUAAUGUAAUUACCUCCGUGUAGAAGCCUGUGUUUCUUUCCUACAGUACCACCUUCCUCUCCCAAUUUGCUCUACGUGUUUUGUCAGUUUUACUUUUUGUAUAUUUUUCCUUAUCUGCCUUAUUUCAGGAAUAAGCAGUAUCUUCAUUGUACUGAAGAUAGUCUCUUCUCCAUCCUAUUUGCGAUGAACUUCAUCCCCCAUUAAAACACACACACACACACACACACACACACAGGCAGACCAGGUGAAAAAGAGCUUCCCCUGAAGGUUUCCAUCACGGUGAGAGAUGUCUGUGGCCUGUGUAUGUGCUGCCUGGGGGCCAGAGUGGCAGAAAGGAGCAUGACCACCGCUUUUGCCCACUGUCCCCUGGACCAGUAGGUGGGGAAAGACGAACGCCUCGUAUCCUACUCUGGGUUGGUCAUUGCCCUAAGGGGAAGGAAAAUGGGCCCUUUACUUGGACAUCACAGUUUGGUUGAGUGACAAAAUGUUGCCCUGUAACUGAGGAGCCCAGAAAAAUGGCCCUGCCUGGUCCCAGUGGAAAUCACUUUCCUCUCUGGACACAAGAAAAUCCAGCAUUCGCAAUGCUUAGCUGGAAGACUAAUUGCUAUUAUUGACAUAAUUCCAAUGCCCUUGUGUACCAAGUGUGCUUUGACCAGAUGCUCAUGAAUCAGAUACCUCAGAUUCUGUCUAGCCCUGUGUCGAUCACACCAUCAGCUGCGACUGGGAGCUUCUAUGGGCCGGCGGGCGGGGGUGGCAAUCACCUGGACAAGAGCAGAGGGUCAGCCCAUCUCACUCACAUGCUCCCAACUCUGGCUCCGUUCAGUACUGCUUUGCCUCAGCAUCACUUUAAAUGUCUAUCCCUAGUCAUAGGGCUUAUUAGGCUUUGAUGUGAGAGUGCCUGUAAAUAGUUAAUCCCCUGCGGAACAUCAGCUAAGCUUUCAUAGAGCUCUGUGCUCUUGUUGCCUUUUUACACCUUCCCAGAGCCCCUUGCCCAUCUCUGGUAUUUUAAUGCUUUUAACCUACCCUUUCUGAAGCCAUGCAGUCCUUGAAUACCUUGUGGUCACUUGUCUUCCUACUAAGGUUCUAAAGAAGUAAAAAUAUCAGUAACCAAAAGGAUACUGCUUAUUAGUAUGUUACUUUGUGUGCUAUUUUAUUUUCUAAACUUAUAUUUUCAAAUGUUCCUUAACAUAAAAACAAAGUGUUUCCCUAAUGUGGUUGUGGUAUGUCCAGUCCCCCAAAUGGCCUAUGUAUAAACUCGCUAAGUGUAGCAUGGUAUCUCUUUUAUUGAAAGAAUGGAUUCAUACAGUGGAAAGCCUGUCUGUGUUCAUGGGCUUCUUUUUGUUGUUGUUGCUUAAUGUCUAGUUAGUAGAAAGGAAAAGAUAGUUUACAUUGACAAACAUUAGACUCCCACUGGAGCCAGUAGAAAGUCCUCAUACCGUCCCAUCCUGUGGAUUAGGAAUACUACUGACAAGCAAAAAGUAGUGAGAUAUGUAAAUAUCCACUCCCUGUCCCCUCCCCCCUUUUUAAGUAGGACCCUUUGGGGAAGGCACCCCCUUGUUGGUGCAGUGGUCAAGGUGCCCCGCUACUGUCCGGACAGAUUGGUGGUCACUGUGGGUCAAAGUCAACUCCACGGCCGCGAGUUUGAUUUGCAGUUUGGAAGCACAAUGUUUCCACAUUCUGCGGUGUGCCUUGCACAUUGUGAAGCCUCGUUAACUAUUUAUUAAAUUAGUGAAUGAGGAAUGGAAGCAGCGGGAGGUUGGUCCCGGGUGAUGGAUGACUAAGAACUUGAUGGCCAAGUGCAGUGGUUUGUGAAUAAACUAGGCAUUCCAGGGACAGGAAGUGUAGAGGGAACUCCAUUACCUAUAGAAAUAGUUAAAUCUAGGUGCUUUUUCCUUCAUUUGAUGGCUGUGUUUAACCAUGUUUAAAUCCCAGCUAAGGAAUGCAGCACUAGAAUGAUCAGCUAACUGUCCCUUACUAUGUAUUAAAAAUGCAUAAAACUCCAUAGAGCUAAUGAAGCCCACUGCAUUAAAACACUGCGGUCCAUUGAUGUUAGCGGGCAGACAUUGCCAACAGAACAGGCGGGCAUCUGAAGAAACCCUUUGAUUUCCCCCAACUUGCUCAGCCCUGUCUCUGGACAUGGCCACUUUUCGUGUCUCCUUUGUUUCCCCAACUUGAACGGUGGACCUUGUGGUGUCUCUUAAGGCCAUUGGACACACUGCUCAAGCCCGAGGGUCCUGAUGCCUAGCAGUGUCCCCUCUGCUCUAGGCUUUGGCAUCUGCUGACCUCUUCAGAGCUCUGCGCCCAGACCACCAGUCAUAUUCCCGUUCCUGUGGUACAGUUCUAAUGUAAAGGAAAGGGCUUGUUAAUAACUAACAGGAUUGAAUCUGUGCAUGUUGCUGUAAAAACCCCCCCCCCCCCACCAACUUGAAUCUUUCAAUCAUGCUUAUGUGAUAAAAGCUGUAGAAGCAAACAUUUCUUAGACUCACUGCCCCUGGGUCUAUCGAUUGAUGCCAACUCACAGCGACCCUACAGGACAGGAUAGAGCUGUCCGUGUGGGUUUCCAAGACAGUAACUACGAGAGUAGAAAACCCUGUCUCUCUUGUUUUUAUGUGGUAGCUAGCAGCAAAGUCUGUGUGGUAGACUUAAUGUUGUUUUGAUAUGUUCAAGUCGUGUCAGUUCAUGCUUGUUGAUUCUCGUGUGUGUGCGCGUGCGCGUGCGAAGACUAGGGCGAAGACUUUAACGUGGUUGCAAACAAAUUGUGAGUCUAGUCAUUUUAUAGCACAAGAUGUGGUCUCAGAUAGAGGUGCACAAUAUAAUUUAGGAAAGUCCCUAAAUUAGGAGUACCUGGACUAGCCUGUUGCCAACCAGUGGGCUACAGAACCCUGUAGUUGACCUCACAAGCUGCCAGGACCAAAUAGAAAGGCCCCGUAAGGUUUUCAAGUGAGGCUGUCACCCUGACCGAAGCAGACUGCCACCGCGUUCUCCUGCAGAGGGCGUGGGUGGGGGACUUCCACGUGCCGGCUCUCCGUCAGCCAUGGACCCUGACAGCCAGACCCAUGGCUCCGUCAGGGCUCCUCUCUGCACUUGGUCUCCAUGCGAAGUUGUAAAGAGGAGAAAGCUGUCGUUACCAAAGGAAGUCACAUGGUCUGUUUUCUUUUGUAAGAAGCUUUUUAAAUUUUGUUACUAGAAAAUUUGUAUUUUAAAACUUGUAACCACUGAACCUUCUGUCUUUUGAAUGAAUUUCUCAAGGGGAGCUUUGCGCAAACCCUAACCUUCUACAGUGCAGCCGCCUCCCGGAGGCUGGGUGUGCCUGUGCUGCUCCAGCGGAGAACGCACCCAGAGAGGCAGGCAAAUUCAGUUUCAGGAAGGCAGUGCAUGUGCAGGGGAAACCAGACCUGUGAGUUUUAUUUACCAUCGCACAGUGUCUUGAAAAAACAAUUUUGUAUACAAUGUUAAUUCGAGUGCCUUUCUUUCUUACUUCUUUUGGAACAAAGCGCUUUGGCAUUUGAAGUUCAGGCAAAUCUAAGAGGACUUCUGCUAAGGGGAGGAGCCGGAGUUCCUGGGGGUUCCACCCAACAGGGGAUUGCGAAACUUCAUCCUUUGAUUCCCCCAUGCUGGGCCGGGUCGGUCUGCCCCACGGGCUGUCCUAUCCUUACAUGACACUGUUGCGGGCAGGUAGGAUGCUGUGGUGCACGUUUCACUCUGAUCCUCUUCAGGCAGCCACUUCUGCACCCACGACAGCUAACCUCUUGGGGUGGGGGUGGUGGGGAGGCAUCACACUUAGAGGGCAGCAUGUGCACAAUCACAGCUGAACAUAACACAGUGGUUCUCAACCGUCCUCAUGUGGCCCCCCCCCCCCCAACCAUAAAAUUAUUUUCGU